AUGGCUUCUGGCCGAGGUGGUUCUGUCGAACGAGGUCCAGGCGGCGCUUGGAGCGGCGUUCCAGGUUCUCCACCACUACCUAUGGAGGGGCGGGUAGGGGAUGGACCUGGAGGAGCCGGCGCUAGCUUUGUGGGAGGGUUUAUUUCCUUAGCGGCGCCGACAUCACGUCAGUCUUUCCGCUACGACGGCCCUCGACCCCCUCCUUCAGGGCAGACACGGCCGGAGAGUGGCAGUGGGGAGGAGGAUGAGGAGGAGGAGGGUGAUGGCGAUGAGGAUGAGGACGAUGAGGGGAGCGGGGAUGACAGUGAGGCAGGGUGGGACCCAGAGACGCAUGGCGGUGGGGAGGGGGGAGAUGAUGAUGAAGACCACGAGAUGAUGGGUUGGAGCCAGAGGGGCGGGAGGAGGAGGUGGGAGAGGGUGGUGGAGAGGCGGCGACAGAGGCGGGCUCACACCAUGUGCGUGAAGGGGGUGGGAGCGUGGGGGUUGCCGUGGGGAAAAAGGGGUUCUGCAGGAACCAAUCAAUCCCCUCUCACUAACCCCAGUUUUAUUGGUACCCACUGUCUGUCCAAACCCACAAACCUACAGGGCUUGUCGGCGACUGACAAGAAGAAGGUCGAGAGCUUGCGCAUGACUGAUGCAGAUUGGGAGACUCUGCAUGCUGUCAAGGCAUUCCUCAGUCUAUUCGCCAGAGUCUCGAAGGCAGCGGAGGGGGCGGCGUACCCUACAGUGUCGAUGGUGGUGCCGUACUACAACGGCCUGAUCGAUGCUAUGGAGGCGCGCCUUGCGAAGGGGCCAUCGGCUGCGCUGAAGCCGAUGAUCGAGGCGGCGCUGGGGGUGCUGAAGAAGUAUGCGUACAUGUCCUCCAACGAGCUGUGGAUCGCCACCUUCUUGGACCUGUCCAUGAAGGCGGCGCGGUUCGAUGACGAGCACUGGGAGUCGCAGCAUCCCGAGACCGAGCCGAGGGUGAGGCCGCGUCCCACUUCUAGCGAGGUGGUCCAGCUGGUACGCGACCGCGUGGCCGAGUACCACACCCGGGCUGCAGCGCUAGCCCCCCGGGCGCCCCCACUAGCCACCGUGACGGAGGAGGAGGAGGGUGACGCGGCGGAUGACGACGAGGAUGCGCAAUAUAUCCCUAGUCGCCGGCGACUUGCAGCGCGUCUCUCAGCGAGCCAGCAGGCGGGGUGGGGCGGGAUGCUACAGGAUGACGAGGUUAGCAGGUACCUGUCGGAGCGGGUUCGGGAUGACGUGACGGCGUUGUAG